AUGUUGACAAGAGUUUUCUUUUGCUUCUACUUGAUUCAAUCAACCGUACAAAUAAAUGGCAAUAAUCAUUAUCGAGCAGAUUUAACCGUACUUUUCAAUUUACUCGAUAUUCCACAUUUAAUUGAACAUGGAUGGGUUCCUGUACUGGAAACGUCGAACGCAAUAUUGACAGAGAAUCUGUUACCGACACUUGAUAUUAUCAGUACGAACAUUACAGAAAUAACAGACAUUGCAAUUCGAACACCGCUAACACCGCAACAUCGAAAGGCAACUUUUGUUUACAUCAAGGCCAAUUCAAAACCGACCGAUACUUUUCAAUUUAAUUUUCCGGAUGAAUUCAUUCUUCUGAUUAAGUAUCGUUCAGUAACAGAUUCAUCGGGUACAAUAUGUUCCUUACUGGAUGAUCGCGCAUUUAUUACCUUGGAGAUCCACAUUAGUACAAAUGUAACAAUAAUCUAUCAUUCUAAAGAGAGCAGUGAACAAUUUACCUUUGACCAUCCAACAUUGGUAGCUAACGAUGGAUUGUGGCACGAGUUGAGUUUGGCUUUCGGGAGUCAUUCGGUGAAACUGCAAGUUGAUAAUCAAAUUCAAGAGGAUAUAAGCGUUCCAUUAAACAUACAUCCUACUUCAGUGAACUUUAAUUUAACAGGUGUCAUCUUCCUCGGAGCAGAUGUUAAUGGCAACAAUCAAAAGGACUCUUUGUUUCAGGGCGAUAUCAAGGAUGUUCUAGUCAUGGGUUCCAAAUUAAAAAAUACUAGCAAUCUAACAACGAAUGACAUGCUAGAACUCGAGGGUGAACCUCCGUUAUUGCACCAACAGUUCCCAAACAAGGACUGGACAAAUCCUUUAUCAGUUUCACAUGAAUACUCGGCUGAGCAUGUAGAACGAUUCGAAGAAGGGCCAGCAGGACCAGUCGGUAAACCAGGUAGACCUGGUCUUGAUGGUCCAGUUGGCGCGCCCGGUGCUCCUGGACAUAUUAUUGUCAUUCCUUCACCGAUUCAUGAUGAACACGACCCGCAAGCUUUUAUGCAUGCAAUUCAAGGAAUGAUCAAUGCAUAUGUACAUAUUCUAACAGGCCAACCAGGUGCUCCAGGACGGCCAGGGUUACCUGGUGAUAUGGGACGGCCAGGUUCGAGAGGUGCGAGAGGCGAACUUGGUGAACCUGGAUCACAAGGACCUUCAGGUGCGCCAGGACCUAUUGGACCUCGCGGACCACCAGGACCACAGGGUUCUCGUGGUUAUAGAGGAUUACGUGGUUACCAAGGUGCUCCUGGUCAGAAGGGUGAACAAGGACUACGUGGCCUGCCAGGAUUACAAGGUGAAAAGGGAGAUCAGGGUGAGACAGGGCCUAUCGGCGAACAGGGACCUCUCGGGCCAAUAGGACUUAAAGGUGACAAAGGUGAGAUGGGACCAGAAGGAUUACAAGGAGAAACAGGCCCACGCGGUCCGCCUGGUCCCAAGGGUAUCACUGGUCGAACUGGUUUGACCGGCCAAAAAGGAGCCCAAGGACCACGCGGCUCUAAGGGAGAGAAAGGAGACAGAGGUGAAAAGGGAAAUAUGGGCUGGCGCGGUCGUAUUGGUCCUAUUGGAUUUACUGGUGCACAAGGCAUACCAGGAGCUAUUGGACGAAAAGGAAGACAGGGCGUUCGAGGAUUGACGGGAUCUGUCGGUCCACAGGGACUGCAAGGUUUAGUUGGUCAGAAAGGUGAUCGUGGUAUAACUGGACCAAAAGGAGAUCAAGGCAUUACUGGACCAAUUGGUACUAAAGGCAUUACUGGUGAUCGUGGAAUACCGGGUGAAAGAGGUGAUAAGGGUUUCAAAGGUAAACAAGGUCCUAAAGGUACCAUUGGCAUCACUGGUGAUAAAGGCGACAAAGGUGAUACAGGACCACAAGGGCCACUGGGUUUGGUCGGAGAUGUUGGUCCAAUAGGUUUGACUGGGGCUCAGGGAUUCAAAGGAGACAAGGGAGAAAUUGGUUCGACUGGUGAUAUUGGUGUCACUGGAAUGCAAGGAUUACGGGGUCCAAUUGGUCUCACAGGUCCUAUCGGAUUCACCGGUCCAAAAGGUUACAAAGGUGAAGUAGGUGAAAAAGGUGAAAAAGGAAAUCGAGGAGAAAAGGGUAUACAAGGUCCCCAGGGAAUCGUCGGUCCACAAGGUAUUCAGGGAAAAGUAGGUCCUGUAGGACCAAAGGGCGAUCAAGGUGAAAAAGGAGAAAAGGGAAUUAUUGGACCGCAAGGUCUACAAGGUGAACAAGGCCUCAUUGGAUUAACUGGUGACAAGGGCAAUCAGGGUGUCGUUGGUCCUGUUGGCGCAAAAGGUAAUCAAGGUGAAAAGGGCAAUCAGGGACCAAAAGGUGAUCAGGGUAUCGUUGGCCCAAUGGGAAUCAAAGGAGAAAAGGUUGGCAUUCAAGGUCCCGUUGGCCCCAUUGGAGUGAAUGGUCCUCAGGGAGAAAAAGGAGACAAAGGUGAUACAGGAUCAAAGGGAAUUCAGGGCAGAGUCGGUCCACAAGGAUUCAAAGGUGACGUUGGUCAGAAGGGAGAUAUCGGACCGAUUGGACCUAAAGGCGACAAAGGAAACAUCGGAGUAAUAGGGCCACAAGGUCCAAAAGGUGAUCUUGGUCCAAUUGGAAUUAUUGGUCCCGUAGGACCUAUUGGAUUGAUUGGACCCAAAGGUGAUCAAGGUGUGAAAGGAGAAAAAGGAGAUGUUGGUAUUCAGGGUGAAAAAGGAGAAAAAGGUAUUGAAGGUAAACAAGGUCCUAUCGGACAGACAGGUGAAAAGGGAAACAUGGGCGACAUUGGAGAAAUUGGUCCAAAAGGUGAAAAAGGAGAUAAAGGAAAUCAGGGAGUUCAAGGUCCUAUAGGACCACAAGGACCAGAAGGCAUUCAAGGUCCGCAAGGUAUAAAAGGAUCGCCUGGUCUACAAGGACCACAAGGUGAACAAGGAAUCGAAGGUCCAAUUGGAAAUGUAGGACCCAAAGGAGAUACAGGCCCUGUGGGCGAUCAAGGAGUCCAAGGUCAAAAGGGUGAAAUUGGUCCAAGAGGUCUGAAAGGACAACACGGUGAUGCAGGACCACCAGGUCCACACGGUGAAAGAGGUCCAAAGGGUGAACGAGGACCGCGCGGAGAUCCCGGAGAUCCAGGUGAUAGAGGACCACAAGGAGCAGCAGGAACGAAUGGUCAGCCUGGAAGCAUUGGACCACCUGGACCACAAGGUGUUAUCGGUGUACAAGGACCGAAAGGUACGGAUGGACCACGAGGAAUCAAAGGCGAAAAAGGUUCACCAGGUCCACCAGGUCCACCGGGUCCACCUGGUGAAACGAUUUUACCAAGCGAAUUAGGUUCAUUCGAUCCUCAAACUGAAAAAGUUGAAUGGCCUAGUCCGAGAUUUCGUCGUUCAAUUUCCCAAUUAGAAAACAAUGUGCUCAUGCAACCAAUUGGAAUACAACUCAUUCACAUCCUCGACAACAUGGCAAAUCAGUUAGAACAAAUCGAAUCACCAAUGGGUCUUCGCCGUGAAACACCGUUUCAAUCGUGUCUUGACCUUCCAAAUCGAUCAUUGACAGGAAAAUACUGGAUCGACCCAAAUCACGGCAGUCCAAUAGAUGCGAUUCAAGUCGACUGUGUUGUAGAAAAUGGAAAGAAAAAGACAUGCAUACAACCACAUGAUCCCCAAGCUAAACAAGUUGAUUAUGGACCACCGUCUCAAUUGAGAUUCUUACGAAUACUUUACAAUCAAAUCGAACAAAACUUCACCUGUGAAUGUAAUCAGGAAAUUCGUCCAAAUACUACACUUAUUUCUCUCGAUGAUGUUCACUACGAUAUUAGUCAAAUACCGAAUGUUGUUGUACAUAAUGAAUGUCAGAAUCAUCAUCGCCAUCAAGGAUCGAUCAAAUACAUUAUUAAUACAACUGGCAGACAUCUGUUGCCGAUUAUUGAUAUACUGUCGUAUAUGAAAAAUCUUCGUGUUAGUCAAGUGUGUUUUUUCUAA